GGAGGACGGCGGGGCGGAGAACGCUCUGCAAUUGAACUAAAGGACCGCAGGCAGCUGUACGCGAGCAUCCUCUAUUCUACACACGCGCCCACAUCACACAGUCAAUGGAUUACACCUUCUCCCUCCAAGUGCAACACCAUCUGACCGUGUACCCGACACACUUAUACGAGGACUACAGCUUAGAGUUACAGAUGAAGUCAACAGAGGUGGAUCAAGGCCUUUUCACAGACAGUUACUGCAAAGUGUGCAGCGCUCAGCUCAUCUCAGAGUCACAGAGAGUGGCACAUUAUGAGAGCCGGAAACAUGCAAACAAAGUACGUCUGUAUUAUAUGUUGCAUCCAGUAGAUGGGGGAUGUCCAGCUAAGAAGCUCAGAACAGAUGACGGGAGUGAGGAGGGAGAUGUGGAUAAGAACAAGUGCUGUACACUGUGUAACAUGUCCUUUACUUCAGCGGUGGUAGCGCAGUCUCAUUACCAAGGCAAGAUCCAUGCUAAGAGGCUCAAACUUCUGCUGGGGGAGCAGCCUGCCAUAACAGCCAAAGAGGUGACACCCAGUCCAGUGAAAACACCCUCCUCAGAAACCUCACCUGUUAGCUCGACCCGUCAGCACCGGGAUUCUGAUCGCUACUGUCAGCUCUGUAAUGCUUGGUUCAACAAUCCUGGAAUGGCUCAGCAACACUACGACGGCAAAAAGCACAAGAAAAAUGCAGCACGAGCAGACCUACUGGAACAACUAGGGAAAACUUUAGACAUGGGAGAGAUGAAAGGUUUAAAACGCUGCUACACAUGCGACGUCUGCAGUGUCACGCUGAAUUCAGUGGCACAGUAUCAUGCACACCUGCAGGGCUCCAAGCACCAAAACAACCUAAAAAAUCAGCUGUGUGUCCAGUGAACCAACAGGAAAAACAAGAUGAUUGGAUUGAUGUCAGACAAGCUGUGAUCAGCUUGCCCAGGAUUUUCUGUCUCUACUCUGUCCUCCCUCUCUCUCUCUCUCUCUCUUUACUCUGUUGUCUUACUCUCAAUUUGACUGCAAAAGAAAAUCCUCUUAAAGUCAGCCUUUAGUCAUCUCGAACCCUUCCUCUACAGCAGCUCUCCUCCUCAUGACUCAAAGACAGACAUCAGGCUCUGAAUCUCUGGAGAAGAUGUGACUUCAUCCAGUGACACCCAUCUGGUACUUAUUCUGUUAUCGCACCAGAACUUUAUAUAGCUAAUCUCAGUCAGUUGUUGUGUGCAUGACUGAAUACCGUAUUCGUUGUCACUUUCUCAGCUAAGCAAUAUUUGUCCAAAAUCUGCCAAAUUAAUAGUUAAAAAUCAUAAAAAUGAACAUAAAAAGAGAAUGCACUAUUUGGAAACUGUUGUCCACAUUUAUUUUUUUGUCUCUCAUUUUUAAUGCACUAUUUGUUGUUUGUGAGCAAACAAUACACGUUAUACAAAUAUCUAUGUGUUUUUGGCCUAUAAAUAUGGACACUUGGGGCAGGGUUCUAACGAAAAAAACGAUUUGAUGUGUUGUAUGUAUGUGUGAUCUGUAGAUAGCUGUUUCAUGAAUGGGCAAUCGAGAAUAUUUGUAAGAUAAUGUGAGCCUAUUCAGAUUUCCGGUCUGGUUUUUAAUACAUUUUUGACAUUUUAAAAAGAAUGAAGUUAUAAAGGUCUUCAGGAGAAGAUCGAAAAGCAAAGAGGAAGCAGCUAAUACUUCGUACGGUUGUCUGUCAGUCAUUUUACAUGCCUGUUUGCUUUUACAUGUCACAGCGAAAAUUAGAGGUGUAUGAAAUUUGGUAUUUGAUAAUAUUCAAACAAUAUUUUAAAAAUAUUGUUUUAAAAGGUAUACUUAUUCAGAGGGCAUUAUUCAUUUGCACUACCUGUAUUUUUUUAUGUUAUAAAGGUAACAAUUGGAAGAUUAAAAUUAAACUUUAUUGCACAGCUCUUUAAAAUACUUAAUUCCGAUUGGUCAGUUUUUGCAUUCCAAUGUCAAAUAUUUCAGCAUAACUGCUCAAUCGUUUAGGUAUUCAUUGCUCUGUGGUGGUCUGUUUCUCUGUUGUCUUUACAAGUGAGCUAUUAGAGUCAUUUACACCCAGAACAACUCAGAAAUAUGUAUGUUUUAAACUGAUAUAAGACACCUGACAGGGUUAUAUAUUUUUUUGUGAUAAUGGUUGACUGCCCAUAAUCCCUUCCCUAUUUUACACUCUAUAUAGAAAGAUGUCAAUGUUUAUCCCUUCUUAACAAAUAAUCAAGAAACAGCAAAAUCUCUUAAACGACAUAUGACGUGAAGAAACAUUUUUAUCAAAGCCAGAUCUUUAGAUCAAAGCGUAACAUAUUUAGCCAAGUGUGGUCGGACGUAAUCGGUCAUAAUGUACAUAAAGAUUUUAAUAUAAGUGCGAUUCAGUGCACAAACAAUCACCGCUCUGUCACAAAGAUGGAAGUAUCCAUUUAUGCAUCGUUUCAUUGGAACUAGUGUGUGUUCCCUUUAAGAGAGCAACUUCCUGUUCUCUCCCGCUUUGUGCUCUGGGUCAUGUGAUCAACUGUGUCUGAAACAAAAUAAAAGGCACUUCAAAUCA